AUGAAUUCGAUGAUUCCUGAAUUCUCAGAUAGUCUCUCCAAGACUGGAUACUCAUUGGGACCAUUUUUAUGUAAUGAUAACAACUAUUCAAUUUACUACAUUUAUGACACAGCCAAUGAAAAUGCGAAAUAUUUACUGAAAAUCAUGAACAAAAAUGCUUUUGACAUGAACGAUACGUCAGCAGUUGAUUCGAUAUCCCUUUGUGAUAACAAGAUUGGAUUAGUCUAUUUACUUUCGAAUAAUUCUUUGCAGGAGGAAGGUCCUGAUUAUUUUAGUUAUUAUAAUGACAAUGGCAAAUCUGAAAAUGAUUGUGACGACGUAGAUGUUAAAAUAAAUGAACGUAAAAAAAGCUGUCUAAUAUUUAAAGAUGCCGAAAGAAUACGAACAUCUUCAACAUCAAGAGGGUGUAAAGAACUUAUUAGAACACCAAUGCCUUGUCAGACUGAAAACAUAACAUCAAAAGUUGACCAAGAAAAACUGCUUGUAUUUAAGAAGAAGAACAUUAUUAGAACCCCAAUACCAAAAAGCAUGGAAUUUUCAGAGAAUUCUGAUGACGAGGACGAGGACGAUGAUAGUAAUGAUGAACCACUAGAAAGUAGUGACGAAAAUACUAGUAGUGACAGUGACAGUGACAGUGACAGUUCCGAAGAUGAGGAAGAUGAUAAUGAUGAGGACGAAAAAUUACCACAAAUUGGCAUUAGAAAAUAUGAUGUCGAGAAUAAUGAGACACUUGACAUUGAACAAAGUGUUAGAAGCGUUUCUAUUGCUUGUCAAGGACAAGAAAACCAAGGAGUUAAAUCUAUAUUAUCGCAUUGUCACGAACACCCAUGUGUUGAUGUUCCAAAGUCAGGAAUACUGACGCCUCCUUACACCUGUUCACACAUGAAACCAAAUGAACAUAUCACAAUUCAAAGUCCUCAUAUAUUUAUCCCACAUCAACAAAAGAUGGACAACGUUCUUAAAACUCCCAUUCCAAAAGUUUAA